CUCGGUAGUACCUCGUCGUAGUUGGAUCGUAGUCGUCGUCGAGAUAUCGCCCGUUCCUCCCAGAAGAGCAGGCCCCAAGAAGGAGACGUGAGUUCCGGACGGUUGGUCGGUCUCGGUCGGUCAUCGCCGCCUUCUUACCGGGCUUUAGUGCAGCAAGUCCAGUUUUCUCACCUCUUUCCACCUUUUGUUUCUCGUGGUGGCUUCCCAACGCGAUCAAUCGGUGCUUGUUUUUGCUCUUGGAUCUUUCUCAAGUUCUUCGCGAUGAUGGAAGUGGAUCUGGUUUCUAGAAAGAGAAGAAGCCAUCGUGCACAAUAACAUACCUGGGGAUAAAGGCAAAAGCACACAGAAUACACAGAAGUGAAGCCAACGCAGAUGUGAGUGUUGGUCGAAGUGAUCGUUCUGAAGAAUACCCCUAUAGUGCCUGUAGUGGGGAAACGGUGUGCAAAACUGAAGAACGAAAUUCGCGAUCGCGCGCUGGAUCUUGAUGACGUGUGCGUGUGUGUGUUGGUGCGCGCAUAGAAGAAGACGGCAGCAGUGGCAGUGAACCUAGCCAGAAGAAGAACAUAGGAGGGCUCGACAAGUAUUUGGCGAUCGCGACUUGAUCGCGUCCGAAAGUAACGAAACCCUUCUGCGACAAAUUCAAAGGUUUCGCGGUUGGUGUAAUUUCGCAGUGGAGUCGAGUGGACCUCGGAUUUCAGUGACUUCGUGUGUUGGUGAAGGAAUUUGAUUCAUACGGAGUCGAAGACAAAUUCCUCAAAGUCUACAGAGGUGGACAAAUUCUGCAAUCGCAUCAGUUGUCCGUUCGCAGUCGAUUCUUGUUGGGGGCUGUUUUUGUUCCGCAUUCUGUUUUGUUAUAACAUAAGCAUAAGUGAUAUACAUAUGCGAUCACCGCAAGUGCCGGACAGGUAUCCAACGAAAGGGUGCGAAAAAGAAGAACACAGAAGAAGGAAAACCCGCAACACGAAGGUGCAGCAAGCAGGCAAACAAUUCAUAAGUUGUGGCCGGUAUGUGCAGUGAUUGUUUCUGAAUUAGUGCCGAUCAAUAGGCGAAAAGCCGGGAGUGAGGCGGUUUUAUAAAUACUUGGAGUGUUUUCGAAGUGUGAAAAGCGGCAGCUACGAUCACUCAUUCGAUCGCAUUAGUAAAAGGUGUGAAGAAUUUUCCCAAACAAUUUGGCUGACGGGCUAGUUCGAUGGAUGUUUACACUAAUUGGCUGAUUUUGAGUGGAAAUCGAUGGUUUCGAGCAAGCGUAGCCCCAUAAGUGGAUGGUUUUGAAUUCAUAGUGGACUUCUUCUGCAGUGGAGACCAGAUUGGCGUCGUCAACCUUGCGAGACGAAAGUAUUGGAACAAUCCACAGGACAAAUAUCCAUCACCGUUCAUAGUCGGAUCGUUUUAAUCAGCUUCGAAGCAAAAAAAAGCGCAGUUGGACAAUUUCCUGACUCGCGUUUGCGGAGGAAUUCCAUUAGUGAACGCACACACACGAGAGAGAGAGAGGGGAUAUCAAUAACCAUUAAAAGUUUUGUGUGCAUACAUAUCGGCGAGUAAUUGCGACCCGAAUCAAUCAGCCGAAAACAGCUGCGCGGCAAAAGUGUGUGUGCGGAGUUUUUGGCCUUAAAAGCUUCUAUCCGAUUCGGUGGAGUGCUCUAGCCUAGGCUUAUCGGGGCCAAUUUUCGCGGAGUGUGGCCCCCUUGGCCAGCGUCGAAAAGAGGCGUCUCGAAGAAAGAUAGGAGAAAGUGAAAAUUCGCGCCAUAAUGCUCUAAUGCUUGCGGGGAAAAGUGGUGCGCGUCAGAGUAAUUAAACAUUAUUAACUAAUAAAGAGAAUAAAAUUAUAAUCAUCCAGCAAGAGAGUGAAAAACAAUUGCUUUCCCCCCUUUCUGGUGUGGUAUCAUCAAGUAUCGCGUAUGGGCAUUACGAAAGGAAAAGCUGUGUGGUGCCGCGUUAAGACAAUAACAUGGAAAUUGAUCUGUUAUUGUUAACUAAUGUCCAUACGAGCAAAUCCACUGAAAGCUGCUUCAUCAUCGCCAUCACCAGAAACAACAAUAGUUACAGCAUUCCCAAUAACCAACGCCGGUGCAGAAAUUCCGAAGAGGACGGCGACGACGACGACCUCAUCAACACCUAAACCAGCCUCAGCCGGGGGAAAACGAAAUUACACAACCCUCUCUUCGACAACAUCAUCAUCAUCUUCAUCUUCAACGGUUGGGGGCAAACAAGAUCACCCCCUUUCACCCCUUAACUAAUGCAUAAUCACAAAGUCGUCGUCGUCGUGGGCCGUGUUUGGCGGCGAAAUUUGAUUUAAUUAAGCGCCCGCCACUCGGGGAAAACAAUAGUCUCCCCCUUUUAACGCCCUCUUUCCCACCAAAACACAGAGUGGGGGGGUUGAGCGCUCAGCAAUUAUCACCGCCCCAAUCUACCACCCCUCGGAAGAUCCGCGAAGAAGUCCGGAAAGUUUCCGUCCAUGUGAAGCUCUCGUGACGCGUGAGCGGCUUAAAGUGCGAAAAAAGGUCAAACCCUGGAUGUGAGCCGAGUUCGCAGAAGAAAGCUCGACGUGUUUGCGUGCGAGGGAAAAAAUGCUCCCCUUUGUGCAAUCAACUCGAGAGUUCCCCCCAGUAGUGUGAAUAGCGUGAAGCGCGCUCGAAAAAAGUUUUUUUUAAGGUUUUCUAAAAUCUCGAAGAAGUAAGCAAACUGCGGAGAAUAAGAAGAAGAAGCAACAGUUUGCGAAUGUGUACAGUGUGGAGUGUUAUAGUGUCUAGGCUUGUUCGUUACGGGAAGAUAUCUCGCCUCUACUAAACAAUGGAUCGGUUUAGUGCGAACAACGGAUCGGCCAGUGCCAGCGUUGGUGGUGCGACUUCAACUCUAGGUACUCAGGCCGUCAAUAGCGGUAACAAUGCUGCAAGUAUCCCCCCAUCCAGUGCUAUCACCAGCAGUAACAACGCCACUUCGACCGCCGUCGCCAAUAAUAGCAACAGCUCCAACAAUAGCAAUGUGAAGUUGCGCCCUGAUCGUGGUAAUGCGUCCAUUGACUCGACGCUUUCAUCGGCGUCAUCUUCGUCGUCGUCGGUGGCGGCGGCUGCUGGGGUCGCCGGAAUUGCAUCCAGCUAUCGGCGCUCGUUCCAUCACCGGCUGGGACCGGGCAGUGCCAGUGCAACGUCCGAUUACAGCAUGUCCACCGUGGCCGAAUCGAUACAGGACGAGCAGCACGCGGCGUCGAAUAGCGCACAAGGCGUUGGGCACCACCCGGCAGUUGGACCUACCGCGGCCAACCACAACACCCCUGGGCUACCGGGAAUGCUACCGCCGGGACCGCACAACAACAGCAACCUGACGCAAGCCGGCCUCGAGGAGUACAGCAGGUCCUACUACGAGCAAACCGUCCAGAUGUACCACCACCAGAAGCAGUCGUCGUACGCCCAAUCCGAGGGCUACCACAGCUACGUGUCCAGUUCGGAUUCCAGCUCGACGCCGUUUCUCGAUCGAUUGCGUCAGGACAGCGAACUGCUCCUGUCCCGAAACUGGUCCCAGCAGGACCUGCAGCAGCUGUCCUCGUCCAGCAACAGCAUCGCGGACAACAACAGCUCGGAGAGCACAUCGUCGACGGAGACGCUCAAGUGGCUGGGUUCGAUGAGCGACGUUUCGGAGGCAAGCCAUGCCACCAGUAUGUCCGCCCUGUCCAGUGCCGGUUCCAGCUCGCAGCUGAUUGCGCAUAGUUCGCGGGUGCGGACGCCUCAACGCCACAACUCGGAAAGCAUUCUGUUCAUGACGAGUGACGAGCAGCAACAGCACUUGCUGCACCAGCAUCAGCACCAAACCUUGCUCGGAGGCAACGGCGGAGGCAGCGGUAGUCAUCCAGUGUCUUCUUCGGCGUCGAUGGGAUCGCUUCAUCACCAUCACCAUCCACACUUGAGCAACGGCCUCCAGCAUCAGCAAGCAAGUCCCACCAGUUCCAGCUCCGGGGGUUCUCCGGUGGGCGAUGAUCUCCGGUUUCAGCAUAGGACGGCAUCCAAUGCGUCUUUGGCAUCCUCGAAUGGGACGGGGAGUGGCAGCAGCAAUUCGGUCCGAUCUAGUCGUAGCAAUAAUCGGCUGUUUCCCAUCAGCACCUACACCGAGAUUCCUAGCAGCAGUAACGGCGGCAACGGCAGUGGCAACGGUGCCAACCUUAAUAGUAGUAGUAUUAGCAAUAGCAGUAGUAGCAACAUUCAAACCAGUAGUCAGCCGGCUACCCCCAGCGGGACGACGAAUUUAGCUGAUGGAUCCAAGCAACUCAGUCCGCACAACUGGCAAUCGGUAGCCGAGCGCAUCAACGAGCUUGAAAAGCACCAACAGCAGAGCCUAUCCAUGCUCAACAACAACAGCAUCGGCAACACUGGCAUCAGCAACAACGCCCACGCCAAUCCUUCCAAGAAUCUAAGUCAACACGCGGCACCCCUAACAGCGACAGCCCAGUCUAAACCGCCGCACCAAACCCCUCCGAAGUAUACGUAUUUCGAUCCGUCCAAAACGCACCGGGUUUCGAACCCCUCGCUAAAAGCGUUCCAGAAAAACGCUGUGAUAUCCUACUUCGAGCGACAGCAGGCCCACGCCCGCGAAAGCAACCACAACCUCUCGCGACCGACGACCCUCAACCUGAACCACCAUUCGUCCGGGUCGCCCCCUAAUCUAAAAAUGGCCUCGCAACGUUCCUCCAUCUCCAGUGCGUACUCCUCGUCCGGCAGUACCAUGGAUUUGACCCCGUCCUCGCAAUCGCCAAUCGUUGGCAACUACCACCACCACCCGAGCAUCGUCGUCCAGCAACAACUGGACAAGAUCGCCGCCAACAAUCUCCGGAACCAGCUGGCUUCCGUCCACACGAUGAAUCUCCUGAACAAAGUUCAAUCACCGCCGUCCCAAACCCAAAUGGAAUCGCAAAUGAUCAGCAACGCCACGCUUAUUCUCGGCGAUCAAACCCCGGACGAUCUUCAUCACGUGGAUGCUAAUGGAUCUCCACCACCGCCUCCGCCGCGAUCGCGCUCGAUCGGAAUGCCCGGCCUGAACAGCAGCGCCACCAUGUCAACGGCAGCCGCCACGCACGCAGCCCAUCUGGCCACGGUUCGAAGGACCUCCUCUGCAUCGGAGUAUUCUUCCGUUCGGGACAAAAUGGUUCAACAGCGGCAGCAACUGUCCAAGGAUCUCCUCGGACCGAUGAUCAUGGGGCCGAUUAUCGCGCUAGACGACUGGGUGCCGGAACGGCCCCCGAAAAAUCCCAUGCUUCGGAUACCAAGCCCAGAACUGCCACCACCUCCGCCGAUGAUGAGCCCUACCGAAGACGUGAUCCUGUUGAACCAAGACGAACCUCUCCCUCCGCCACCCCCGGAAAUCCUACGACACAUUCGUCAACUCAGCGAUUCCGGAGAACCCAAAUCUCAAACAACCAGCCGUCGCAACAGCUUCGCCGGUCAAACCAACAAGAAGUCCCUCUACCGGGCGUCCACCAUCGAGAACCUUUCCCCACCUCCUCCGGGAGCUCCCCCACCACAGUCCCAAAUCAGUCAGCUGAUCAUUCCUCCCGCCGUCCCCAAAAAGCCCCAGCCGAUGGAACCGCAGGUCAUCUAUCGACGACCUUCGUCCAGCAUGGCCAAAUCGCAACCUCCCCCUCCCUCCAAUGCCCUUCACCAGGCGCACAGGAUCAUGGUCAACGGCAAAACUGACCAGCGACACUCGCUCCCUAUGCCCCUUCAAUCCUCCCCACCUCUCCACCACCAGCAACUGGUUCCCCGGCAGUCCGAUUCGCGCCUUUCGAUGCGCAAGCGAUCGCACAACUCCCAGCAAAUCCCGGUGGCGGAGUAUCUGCUGAAAGCGGCCGCCGUUGCCGUUGCGCAUCAUCAAACUCAGAACCAAACCAACGGGGGUGGUGCACCUCUCGGUUCGAAUGCAGUAAAUGGUGGAGUGGCGAUGACAUCGCCUCCGCCGCCGCUGAAGCCUCGGAUGUCGCUCCAGCAACAGCAGCAGCAGCAACAGUGCCAACAACAGCCGUUAUCACCGCUACAGGAUCUCCAGAAUGGACCGCUGUUAUCCAUGGGCAGCAAAAGGAGCAAUUCCAAGGCCUCGUAUCUGCCGCGGCAGCCCCGAGAUAAGCUGCACUCGGACCCCGAUCAUGGUAGCUACAAACUGACAUUGACCUCGAACGAGGACAGUAUCAACCACAACGACGUCUUCCCGGAGGAAAUCCUGUCCCCCUCGCCCAAGUGCAAUCUACCGGACGUGUUGCCCCCUGGGGUCAAAUAUUCGCUCUAUUCGAACAACAAUAACAACAGCGUUAGUAAUAAUAAUAAUAACAACAGCUGCAGCCCCACGGGAGCCAAUGGAAAGCCAUCGAAUGGAGGUAGUGUUGGUGUCGGUGGAAAACCACCGAAAACGAUUCCCCACAGUGCGCCCAUAAUCUCCAGCAAUAGUUUGAAAUCGAUGUUCAAUUUCACGCCCCAGCAGUCCCAGCAAAAUCAGGUCACACCUCCGAGUGCGUCCUCGCCGGUGACCUCAUCGCCACCUCCCCUCACUGCCUACAAGCCAUCAUCGCCAUCGGGAGGAGGAAGCCCCACCAAUCAAGCUAUCAGCCCCAAAUACACGUCCCAGUCGACUUUCGAUCUGAAGAAGACGCAAAUUCUCGACACCAAGUAUCUAACACAACAGCAACAGAGCCCGGCCCAGAUCGGACCACUGCCUCCACCGGCCACCGGCCCGUGCAAUGAAACGAUCAAUAAUACCAAUUAUCUCAAUCAUCCGGCCAUCGGUGGCUGCGGCCAGCAAACUGUAAAUAAUUGUAACGAAAAUUCAGAAAAAUCCGACUGCUUCGAAACGAGCACGACCACCACCACGAUCACUGGCACGAUCACCGUUUCCGAGCCAGCGCCAGUGGAAGCGAACCAAAACGGAGGCACCAACACCACCAGCAACAGCUCCAAACUCGAUGCGUUUUCGGUCCCGGAGCUCGAAGAAGAUCCGUCGUCGAUCAGCAGUAGCAACAACACCUCGAUCUGUGCGGAAGCAAACCAAUCCACGGCGGUUGAUUCGUCGAUCGCUGAAGAAUCGAUCAUCACCGCGCUAGAACGUGUCACCAAGGAGAUCAACCUCGAGCCGGCUUGUGUCCUCCUCGAGUCGCCCCCGAUCGCACCCAAAGUAGUCCAACGGACGGAGAUCGUCCUGCGAGUGGGAGCCCCCACUUCGGAAGCAUCCUCGCAAACCGACGACGAACCCGCUGAGUCAUCGUCGUCCCCGUUGAUCACACCUCGAUCACCCACCCUCACUAGCAGCUCAUCAUCGUCGAUCGCCCUCGGAAUCGCCGAACUGGUCCUCGAUCCUCACAGCACCGGCAGCAAUAGGCACUCGGUGGGUACCUCGACAUCCCCGCCCAGUACACCGACCGGCGUCAAAUCGUCCGGGAGUUUCCUGGCCAAGGCGUGCGCGGCGGCACCCCGGAAGGUGCACCCGGAGGAAAUCGACUGUGAUAAGCUGUCGCACGAUCUGAUCAGUCAGCUGUCGCCCUCGGAUAAGCUGCACACCAUACUGGCUCCCAAAACGUUCAAAUCGUCCUCCGAUUAUGUUUCUGACCUGUUCAACAUUCAAAUAGCGCCCCGACCGAUGAAGAAGGAUGCCUCGACGGCGAUGCCGGAAGUCAGUCCACAGAAAAGCCCGCUGGAUAUUCUGACCACCAGUUCGACCUACUUUCAAGUGUCGGAACCGAAGGCCAAGCUGAUGACCCGCUACAGCCGCGAGAUGACGCUAAUCAAUGGCGAUUGCUGUGAUCUGACCAAGAAGAAGGAGGAGCUCGUCCAACGUCUUGGCAAAAAGUUACUAGUCCUGUCGAACGAGCAAACGAGCAUCGCCGAGGAGAGCAACGCCAACGACAUGCUCGGCAACGACGUCGCUCUGAAGGUGGCCCAAAAGGUUCGGCCCAGCGAUGCGUCCAAGUUCCGUUCCUACGUCGACGACGUCGGCUACAUCACCAUGCUGCUGUUGUCCCUCUCGGGACGGCUGGCACGAACCGACAACGCCCUGCACUGCAUCGUUGACGAUUCCCACCCGGAUAAGAAAAUCCUCGAAGCCAAGCGGGAUCGACUGCUGGAACAGUUGGACGAAGCCAAACAGCUCAAGGACGACAUCGACCGGCGGGGGGCGAUCAUCUCCAAGAUCCUGGAGAAGUCCCUCACGAUCGAGGAGUACGCCGACUACGACUACUUCAUCAACAUGAAAGCCAAGCUGAUCGUGGACUCGCGGGAGAUCGCCGACAAGAUCAAGCUGGGCGAGGAGCAGUUGGCCGCCCUCAAGGACACCCUGGUGCAGAGCGAAUGUUGACCGUUCGGGCUUCGGGUUCCGUGAUCCGUGUUUUGUUUUGUGUAUAGAUAGGAUAUACAAGUGAUGUUACUCAUGAAGUCGUUCGUUUCACCUAGGCACUCUAGUAUUAGACCAGUGUAGAAUGUGUAAUUUGAGUUUUUUUUAUUAAGGAAAACCGAGUUAACUCUUUCGAGAGGUAAAAUAAUAUUCGACCGGCUGUUGAGUAGAGUUAGGAUUAA